AUGGCCGUCAUCAAUCAAGACAUGAUGCCUCCAGUGCCUCCUAUGCAUCAUCCACCUGGCCACCAGGCCAUUCAUCCGACCGAAGUCCCUCGGGCGUUCCACCCUCAACACCCUCACACGCCUGCUCCCGUCAACCCCGCACAGCUGGCUGACGAGAUGGCCCGUCUUCGUAUGAAUGCCACCAACCUCGCUGCUGCCAACGACCAGAAGGCCCGAAGCUUCACCCCCCACAAAGACUUCGAGGUACGGGUGCCAGCACAAUAUGUGGGGUAUACCUUCUUCAAGGCCGACGUGCCUCCCGGCCAAAAGCCCACGUGGAGCCAUGCCGAACGGACCAGAAUGCACCUGAGUCAACCAGACCUCAUUAAGAUGGUGCAGAGGAAGGGCAAGAAGCUGUCCAGUGCCCAGCAGUACCAGACACUGAAGAAGCUGAGGCGGACACAUGUGGAUCAGUUGAUUAACGAGCACCGACAAAGUGACCCGCGGUUCGAAUGGACCUGCGUCUAUGUGAACGAAGAUGAGAAGCCAUUCAAGGGUAAGAAUUCUCGACGGGGUGAUUAUGAAACGGUCUCGAUGGAUGUCAUCCUCAUGAGAAAGCCCGUCGACACGGCUCAUCCCAACCCCAAGACUCUUAAUAUCGGGGUUGAGAACUCGGGGUUGCCGUUCACGGCUAAGGACAAGCCCACAACGAAUGUGGAAGAGCUAUUGGCUCGUGGUGAACAACAGCAAGCGAGUCAUGAUUUCAUGAAGAGCGCUCAUUUGGCAAGAGCUGGGAUGCAGCAAGGGCAGACACCUGGCAUGGUUAACCAACCCGCUCAACAGCAACAACAACAACUACACCCACAAUUUCAACAACAGAUGCCUUCACAAGCUCAACUGAACCAUCCUCAAGGACACCCAGCGGGGAUACGGCCACAGAUGAACCAAGUUCAUCAAGCCUCUUUGCCACGCGGCAUGCCAGCUGCCGUCCACCAACAGCCAGAGUUUCUUAACAACUCCAAGUCGGUACCGAGCAAAGGCCCAGAGAUUGAGAUCUUGCAACAGGGCAUGGGCGGCUUCCCAGCGGAUAUGAACACGAACAUGAACACACCUCGCCAGGCACAAGGAUCGAACUCCGCUCAGAACCUGUUUGCUCAGCACUUGAAUCAACAACGCCUGAGCAAGGAAAACUUUGCCCGGGUCAACGCCGCUCAUGGAGGUCUUUCUGGCCAUGGAGGUAUCCCUCACCAAGGAGGUAUCCCUCAGCAUGGCGAUAUUCCUCGUCAAGGCGGUCUCCCUCAUCAAGGUGGUCUUCCUCGCCAAGGAGGCGUCCCUGGCCAUGGUCCCAUUCCGGCUCACGCAGGUAUCCCAAAUCACGGCGCUGUCCCAAAUCAUGCAGCUAUACCUAGGGCCCCCAAUGUGCCGGAAGCGGAGCACGAAUGGGGACCGGAAAACAGCAGCAUAGGAGACGACGAGUCGAUAUUUCUCGACGAGGAGGACCUCAGUUCAAUCACCGACGGCUCCUCUGGGGAGGAAGACGACGGAGGAGUGCAUGAAGGCGAUGCCGACCUCCACGGCAAGGCGCAGCCCUGGCGCGGCAGUCUCUUUCGGCGACACUCAUCCAAGUCACGACGCCAAGAGCCCGUUUACCGAACGCAUUAUCGAAAACACUCCAAGACCGGAGUGGAAGGCAGGAACGGUCGCACCAAGUACCCAGCCGGCUACAUCGAUGUGGUCCCGGCGGAGAGCAAAAACAGCACCAACCGGCUAUCGAAGGUGCACACUCGGGAAGUCGCCCGACCAGCCCGGGAUCGGCCGAAAAUUAUCCAUAGCGCUUCCGACAACUUCGACAUGGUGGCCUAUGACGAAAAGUAUCGCGGUCUGCGGGCCCGCAACGAUAUUCGAACCCGAAUUCUGGACGACCGAGAAGCGAGGGUUGAGCGCAGAGAGAAAUUGGUUGAUUAUCGCACGCAAAUGCUCGAUGACCGUCUGGACGAGGCCCGUUACCUGAACCGAUGCAUGUCGAUGCGCGAGUCGGGUGGUUUCUAUCCUCGUCGGUACUAUCUACGCGAUGCUCUGUGA